AUGAGUGCUCUAGCCGAGAAGCUCUGGCAAGAUCUUUCGUCUUUGCACCUGGCAUCCCUGAAUGGUGGCGAAGCGCUCCAAUCAACCCAGAGUCGAAGAAACGAACACGUGCCGGGCUCUUUUGCGGGACAGAUGUUCUCAUCUAUGAGUGUCCAGUCUGUGGCGAUCGCAGGCGCCGCGUCGAGUGGUGGCAGCAGCAGCAUUAGCAGUCCUGGCAGCUUCGACGACGAUCUACAAAUAUGUGAGUCGGCCGCCCAGUUUGACGUUAUUGGGCAUGCCCUAUCUUCAGCAUGCGCAACGCUCCGUACGGGAAGCAGACUUUUGCGGGAGAUCGAGCUGAUGAUUGGCCUUCCACGGGAGCACGGCAUCGCGGCCAAAGGGUUGCCUGUCGGCCCUUUGCCCUACACGAGUCAGAUUGGAUGCGCAACGGGCCGCGCGACCGACCCGCCCAGCCCCUGCAUCUACAUUGACUCGUCGUGCGUUGCGCGCUUAAUAGUGGUGCUGUGGGAUGAACAGGGGCAGAGAUUCGGCUCCGCCUCGGAUGGACAAGGGGACGGCUCAGAGAAGGCGUUAACGGUGUUGCGACGCUGCUACAUGGACAUUCUCGGGCUCUACAAGCGUCACUUGUCACAUUAUGAGAUUGUAUAA